GCUCGCUGCUCGCUGCCUCACUGCCUCACAACAACAGCGCUUCUUCUUUGCUGCCACAUUCAACAAUGUCACUCUGGUCUUGACCGUCUCUCAUCAUGACUACGGAUCCCGCGCUGUCGUAUCACCCUACCGAGUCUCUCGUUCUUCCUACAAAACGCCGCUUUUUCCCUUUCAAGAUACCUAACUACCAUCAACAACUCCGACACUACAUCAGCACUUCCGACCGGGAUAGAAUCUACGUUAUCGCCGACCGGGUGGUGUAUUCAAUUCACAUUUCGUCGCGGAAACGGGAAACGAUCGCAGUUAUUUCAUUCGAGCCGAAGUGUCUUGCUGCUGGAUAUGGCUGGAUUGGUAUUGGGGGUACCAACAAUGGCGAGUGUGCUUUCGUGAAGCUUUCCGAUCGCAACAGGGCUUCGCCACGAGAGUCGACGGGGUUGGAGCAACCGUCAAAUUCGGGCUUUGGUGCCAGCCAAUUGCCAGAGGUCCAGCUGCAUAAAUUCGGCGGUAGUAUCGUCAACUCCGUGACUAUCCAUCGUCUACCUGGCGAUGAAAAAGGAUUCACAGACGAAGAUGUUGCGGUUCUUAGCAACAAUGACAAAUCAGUAACCAUCUAUUCAAUGACGCGCUCGAAAGUUCUGAAGAAACUCGGUCACCCGGCGUGUAUGAACUAUGCGGCCAUCUCACCAGAUUCGAGUCUUCUGGCUGCAGUUGGGGAUGAAUCUAGCGCCUAUUUCUAUAGCCUUACUCGUGACCUCUCGACCGUGGUUUCCACUGAGACAGGAGAGAAGUUGAGUGGCUGGACAUUGGACCGCAUUCUUUGUAUCGAGAUGGAGCUGGGCCCGAAGAUCGAAGAUAAAUGCUGUUUUACCAUUGCGUUUUCCCAAUCCAAUAGACUGUGUGCCAUUGGAUCGCAGUCCGGAGUGAUUACGGUUUUCGAUGUUAGGAGCAUCCAGGAACCCGCUAUCACUCCUUCCAACAAGAGUCCAAUUGUCUGCUAUUUCAACUCGUCGAGGUCUUGCUUUCAUGGCGGGGCUGUGCGUUGUAUGAGCUUUUCACCCGAACCUUGGGAUCUCCUUGUAUGGCUCGAGGAUAAAGGGCAUGCUGGAAUUGCAGAUGUGCGUCAGGCUUUUAUGCGGAGACAAAUACUUGAAUUCGACACGAAUGAGUCAAACGACGUCGAGGAAGUUGAUACGGAGCCGAUAAUUGACGAAUCAACAGAAUCAAGGUUUAGCGUGGACAGGCAGCCUUCUCCCGAACUGUACCACGAUCUUGAUUCACGGGCGUUACUUGACUCAGUUGAGGGCAAUUUAGAUGAUCAGGAUGGUGACGGAUCUGAUACCUCACCACUGAGGGAAAGUUUGAUACAAGACUUAACGUCAAGAGAGAGAACAAUCGUGCAAUUUCUGAAUACAGCACGCUGGACAUCAACGACAGAAGAUGACCUGACAGAUCGGGCAACCAGAGAUAAUGCUAAUGCGCACCCGCCUUUUGGGUCUCGCACAAGACGUCAAGGUCUCACAAGUGGAGCCGAUCGAGCACUUCGCCCUACUUCACCUCGGCCUGUCAUACACCCACCAAGCAACCACGAGACUAGAAACCGGAAUGCGAAUGUGGACAGCCAAACGCCGGAUCCACAACCAAGUAUCACACUGAGCUGGACCACUUCGCCGGACGAGCUACGGUCCGCUACGCUAGAUACUCCGGCUCAUCCUGUGGAAUCAAGCUCCAGUGACCAAAGUGGCUCUAGUAACGAGGGUGGGAAUGGGAGUCGGCUUCGCAGGACCGUAGCCCGACCAACGGCUAAUUUUGACUACUCCAGUACUACUCCAAGUUCGAUACCACGCCCAAGAAAUCACCAGCGAUCUCGGUCUGUUCAUAGGCGCCCUGAAAGGCAAGACGAUGAUGACCCGACUAGCUUAAGAACGAACCCUGUGGCAUUUGAGCGCCUUCGACGCCAGCGACAGCUCAUUAAUGAGGCAGAUACCAUGAGUCGAAAUAGUAUGCGCGGGCAACGGUAUACGCAGCAACCACCGUUAGGUAUUGAUUACGGCCGCCCCGCGCGGAUCCGAAGCGUGAUCCAUGAUCCGCCAGAGCAUACCUUUGGGUAUGGGCGCCGAGAUUCGGAUCCAAACUGUUCAGCUGGACUUGGAUUUGGUGCCGAUGGGAGAUCGUUAUAUAUCGCAACCGUGACUGGGAUCUUUGAGUACCAACUAAACAUCACGGACCGUAAAACCUUCCCAGUGAUGACCUACAGAUAACUAAUAUUUAUUGCAAAACUGGUUGGAUCAUCAUACGAGCACCACAAAAGCAAAACACCCACGAUUAACUAAUUGUCCUAUUGUCGGUUUCAGAAUUGAGUUUGUUUGUGGGCGAGGACGCACGACUUCUCUUGCCGAUGACUAGCAAAAGCUAUUGCUGAUACGAAAGGCUAAACGUUAUAAUGAUUCUAAUUCUCAUGUUCUCUUUCCAUCACAUUAUUAUGAGGCGCACUGGGUUUUCAGGAGUGUUGUAUGGUUCCUGUUGGUUUCAAUUUCUUCUAGUGCACCAAUGUGGCGUUGAAUUUUUUUUCCAAAAUAAGACUCUAAUUUAAUAGCGAAUAAUAUUAUUGUCCCAUUCAAGUUUACAGUAUAUAGAAAAUAUUGAACCAGGC